AUGGACCAAAAAAUUGAGCAAGAUGUCCAGGUGACAGACACAUCCGUAUCCGUGAAGGGUUACAAGGAAGAAUACGAGCUCGGGGAAUCCGUUCUUGCCGAAAAUGAUUACAAUGGCCCAGAGCCCACUGAAGAAGAUUACAAAAACUUGCGCGAAGUCACCGAUGCCAUCCCCUAUUCUGCAUAUCUCAUUAUUCUUAUCGAAUUUUGUGAGCGCUUUACCUACUACGGUCUUAGUGGUCCUUUCCAGAAUUACAUUCAGUAUCCCGAUCCUGUGGAUUAUCCUGCCGACCAACCUGGUGCCAUGGGUAAAGGUCAACAAACCGCUACCGCUUUGAAUACCUUCUUUCAAUUUUGGUGCUAUAUCACACCUAUUAUUGGUGCCAUCGUUGCCGACCAAUUUUUGGGCAAGUACAAGACCAUUGUCGUCUUUGCUUUCAUUUACCUAGUUGGCUUGGUCAUCCUCGUAUGUACAUCCAUCCCCAUGGCUAUCGCUUCAGGUGCAUCCUUCCCUGGAUACAUCGUUGCUAUCAUCAUUAUCGGUCUUGGUACUGGUGGUAUCAAGGCCAACGUAUCACCACUCGUCGCUGAGCAAUAUCGAAGCAAGACUCCUUAUAUCAAGACAUUGAAAAAUGGAGACCGUGUUAUUGUAUCCCCUCAAGCUACUUACCAAAAAAUCUUUAACUACUUUUAUUGGGGUAUCAACAUCGGUUCUUUGUCUGCUAUUGCCACCACCGAAUUGGAAAAGAACGUUGGCUUUUGGCCUGCCUUUUUACUUCCUGCAUUGAUGUUUAUCCCUGGUAUCUUCGUCAUUAUCCUUGGUCGUAAACGUUAUGUGCAAACACCUCCUCGUGGCUCUGUAUUCGUUGAAGCAUUCAAAGUCUUUUGGAUCUCGUGGUUCAAGUGCAAGACCAAAGGUAUCGAUGCUGCAAAGCCAUCCAACCUUGCCGAAACACAUCCUCACAUCACGGUCACGUAUGAUGAUGUCUUUGUUGACGAGCUCAAGCGUACCAUGCGUGCAUGCCUUGUAUUUUGCUGGUAUCCCAUUUAUUGGUUGUGCUACUCCCAAAUGACAAACAACCUUAUUUCGCAAGCCAGUACCAUGUUGACGGGUAGCGUACCAAACGAUAUCAUGCAAAACAUUGACCCAAUUGCUCUUGUCAUUAUGGUGCCCCUUGCCGACAAGCUCUUGUUCCCAGGUCUUCGUCGUAUUGGUAUCCCACUCCGCCCCAUCAAGCGUAUCGUCCUUGGCUUCUUGUUUGCUUCUGUUGCCAUGGGCUACACUGCUGGUAUCCAGGCAAAGAUUUAUCAAACCGCUCCCAACUAUGAUCAUCCUGAUGGCCCCAACUGGAUUUCAGCUGCGUAUCAGAUUCCAUCCUACUUUUUCAUUGCCUUGUCAGAGAUCUUUGCCGUCAUUACUGGUUACGAAUAUGCCUUCAAGAAGGCACCCGAGUCGAUGAAAUCCAUUGUCAUGGCUCUGUUCUUGCUCACCAACUGCUUUGCUUCCAUUUUGGCCUUUGCCCUUGUAUCGGUUGCUGUGGACCCCAAGCUCACAUGGAUGUACACGGGUAUUUCAGCAGCAGCAGCUGUUUGUAUGGUGCUCGUCUAUGUUUGCCAUCACAAGCUUGAUGACAAUGAUGUGCAAGAUGAUAUGAUUGGUCGUAACGAAGAACAACGUCAAGAGUAUCAACAUGCUCAAAACACUACUAAUCCUGAACCCAAGGAAGAAGCAUAA